AUGAUGAAAAGAAUUAACAACUCUAAAUUGACAAUAGGAUUCAAAUAAAUAGCUUCUAUGAUAAAUCAUUCUACUAAUUUUCAAUCAUAUAUACCUGAUGACUCUGAUAAACUAAAUGAUUCCUCGCUAUCACUUAGUGCUUAUGAGCCAAGCCAAGUCGAUAUCAUGGAAUAAGUUGAGUAAACUGAUGAUCUGCCUGCUGCAUAGAAAAGCAGAAUACACCAAUAAGCAGAUCUUUAUCUUAAUUAAAUCAAGAAUUAUUUCGGUUCCUAAAAAUUACCCCUUAUCAAAUUGGACAGAAAAGGAUUACUCUAAAAAUACUAAUGUGUUACGAAUUUAACAGAUUCUCUAUUAACUUACUAUUCAAAUCUAGAAAAGAGUUUCGACCUUUAAAAUUAAGCUUCUCUAUUAAGUAAAUUAUCCAAAAAAGAACCUUUAUCAACUUUAGAUCAAAUUGAUACAACUCAAUAACAUAAAAUAUUAUUUUAAGAGCUGACCAAUGAAUAAUAAUUAUUACUCAACUCCUUUAUAUAAGUUCAAGGCCGAAACAUUAUAGUACCUCAUUGGAAUAAUAUAAAAUAGUAAGUCAAAUAACUCAAUUAAAUAUUCUAAUAGUAACGAUACUAAAUUCUCAAAGUAGCAUAACCUCAAAUUCAAUCAAUUUAGAAAACUUAUCUUGAUGAAUAUAAAAAUAUUAAGAAAAUCAAAAACUAAACCCAAUCUCAAUAUGAUGAAGUGUUCCGCAAAAAUUAAAAUUAUGAGGGAUAAAAAUAAUUACUUGAAAAAGAUUUAGAGUCUAACAACACCUAGUAUAGAGAAUUAAAAAAAAAUAAAACUAAUCCAGAAAAACUAAUUAAAAUGGAAAUGUCUAUCAAAUUGUCGACCUAAUAAUUAUCUACAAUAUAACAUAAAUUAUAAAGUUCUAAAUAUGAAUUAAAGGAAUUAUAAGUUGCAAUAACUAAAACAAAUUAAUAAUUAAAUGAAUUUAAAGAUAAUUGGGAUAGAUAAUUUAUUGUUAUGUAUCAAACAGUCAUCAGAUCACUUUUACAGACCCAUUAUGAUAAUUAUGAACAAUUUCUGAAGUCAUUUAAAAAUAUUCUAAAAUUAUAGAAUGCUUUAAAUGAUUCAUAUUUAAGUUAGAGUCAAACAAAUCCUCCAAAUUUAUUAUUACAUCGAUAAUCAAGAACAGUAUCAAUGGAUGAAAUAGACCCUCCUCGAUUAAUGAGGAAUGAGAAAGAAGAACUCUAAGAAUUGAUAAAAAAAUUCAAAUUUUAUGAAGAUCAAAUUCAUUUAUUUGAAAAGUAUGAUGGAGAAUGUUUGGACUUCUUUGUAGAAAUUGGAGAGGUUAUUAAGAAAAUGAUAUCAGAUGAAAUAAAAAUUCAUUUAGUUUAACUAAAGGAUAUUUGGAUAACUGAUUUAUUCACAAAGAGUUUUCCAAAGGAUAAAUAAUUUUAUUAAAAUCUAUUUGCUUAAAUCAAAUUGAUUACAAACAAUUUUAUUGAUGACAGAACUAAACUAUAUAAAGAGUAUAAAGAAACUUAAGUAUCAGUUAAAGAGAGAAUUAAUAAUAUCACGUAUUUAUUCAAUUGCAUUUUGAAGGAUUCUGAAAAAUUUAAUCCAGGUAAAGUGGAUGGAUUUACAGAUUAUUAGAGGAUGAAAUAAUAAUUUAGAUAGAAUUAUCUCUAAUAUCAAUAGGAAGCAGAGUAGCUCAAAUCAAAAUUAAGCUAAUAUGAAAAUAAAUAUAAACAAUACAUUGAUUAACAUUUUGAAAUCAUCUCAAAGACUAAAUUUCAAUUCAUUUUAUCUUUUGCCACUCUUUCAAGGAGUGUAGUUAAUCAUACUAUGAAAAUGAUUGAUGAAUUCGAUCAAACGUAUCAAUAAUAGGAUUAAAUAGUAAAGAGUCUACUUGAUCAUUAAACUAACAUCUCAUUCACUCCAAAAGAAAUCUAAAUCAAUCAAACUUAAAGUUUACUCCAUAAUAAUAUAACAACUAUUCCAAAAAUUAGUUCUAGAUCUAAUAGCUAACUUACUAGAUAACCAAAUGACACAGUAAAUUCAAUGAAAGAGACAUUUGUAUUAAAAUAAUUAAUAAGAGUAUUAUUUCUAUAAUGGACUAAAUCCAUCUAUUUCAGAUAGAAAUUUAUGACAGAACUAUAUAGAUCUUUAAAUAAGAAGAGACCAUCUUAAUUAGAUGAAAUUUAUGUUACAUUUAUAGAUAUAGGAGGUGAACCCCCAGAGGUUUUAUAAUUUAUACCAUAAAAAAACACUGAUUCAUGCAUAUUUGAUUUAGAACUAUCGUUUAGAGGGUUCUUUUAUAUGGAAUUAGAAACUUUUGUUACUAUCAGCUGGGCUAAAAAGCAUUUGCCUGUAACUAUUAAAGUUAAAAUUACAUCUUUAAAUGGCCGAUUAAGGUUGUGUUAUACACCAAAUUUUAUUGGCCGUAGCUGGGUUUCCUUUGUAGGAGAACCUUCUAUGAAUAUUAGCAUUGAACCUACCAUAUCUAAAUAUAAUAUUUCCGUUGCAAAUGACAUAAUAAAAGAAUUUCUUAUUUAUAAAAUCAAGAUGCUAACCUACCCAAAUAGAGAAACAAUUACAGUCCCAUUAGCUGAAUUUGAAACUGAAAUACCUCAAAGUGCCCUUGACAAAAUUAAGUAGUUUGUUGAUAAAAUGAAAAAUUGA